AACAUUCUGUGAUGGGUCAUCCUGGACCUAUUGCUUCUGAUCUAAUAACAAAUGGUCGAAAUAUGAAUUUUUCCAAUCAGCUCCCAGUCGAUGCAAUGGCUAGGCCUGGACGUGAAACAGCUCAUUUACCUCCAGACGCUUCCAACACUUUAUAUGUUGAAGGACUUCCUCCUGACAGCACAAAGAGAGAAGUAGCUCAUAUCUUUCGUCCUUUUGUGGGCUAUAAAGAAGUGAGGCUUGUGAGCAAAGAGUCCAAACAUCGUGGUGGGGAUCCUCUUAUCCUUUGUUUUGUGGACUUUGAAAGUCCAGCCUAUGCAGCAACUGCUCUGAGUGCCUUGCAAGGUUAUGAAAUGGAUGAACACAGUCCUGAUUCUAAUUACUUGCGGCUGCAGUUUUCCCGGUUCCCGGGUCCAAGAUCUGGACCUGGAUCCCGUAGUAAGAGGUGAAUAGGCAUUGGGUAAUGAGAGACAUCUAUGUUGAAGUAAUGCAGAUUGCAUUAGCUUUUAUACAUUGCCUAUAUGUAUGCUUCUUUCUGGAGUGGUAACCACAUUGUACCCCAAAUAUACAAUGUCAAAUUGCUCAGGCUUGGGCACUAAUUGUAAGUACUUGAAAUGCACAGUAUCUAAGUAGUGAAAUCAAGAAAAGUUUCAUAGUUAUGUAAUUAAACACAGAUAUCUAAUUUUGCAUUUACAUUUCUACCCAAUUUCUUAAAGAAGUGUUAUAUUCUUAUUGUAGAUAAGGGAUUCUGAAUGUCUUCUUCCUUUUGACACAUUAUGGCAAUUGAAUUAUAAAGUUUGACUGGUUUGGAUGAA